AUGAGGUCGCUCAGCAAUGUUGCGUCACGCCGCUUCGCCGGUGCCGCAACGAUCCGAAAGUUCUCAAGCGCUUCCAAUGCGCGUCUGACAAGGCCUGGCUGGAAAGUCAACAUCGACACCCACGGUGGAGGCCCUCGGUAUCGCAACUUCAGCACAUCCAACAAAGCACUUGAAGGUUUCGCAUACAACCCGUUCACCAAGACACUUCCGUUCAGAAAGCCACUUCCGUUCCUCAGCCCGAAGUGCCUCGGAAUCAAAGACGCAGACUUCGCAUGGUUCGUGGCCCUCAACGUCGCCGUCCGUACCCAUAGGAACAGAGUCUACCUGUCACAUCCCGACUGCACCCCGCGUCUCGUUUUGCACGACUACCAACACACCCUGCGUGUCGUCGCCGACGCCGAGUGGAUUCUGCGAAAAGAACAGAGGACGCAUCAAUGGGCUCGGGACAUUGAUUCCACACUUCUGUGGGUAUUAUGCAUGACGCACGACAUCACCCACGACAUGAGUGACGCAUGGUAUCUCUCCCCAGACGAGAAGCGGAAUCAAUGGCAAAUCCGGGAUGCCCGCCCAACAUCAUUUGGCAGGCGUCUUGUCUCGCUGCACGCCUCUCGGGUGCUAUUCAGCUUGAUGAGCAAGGGCUCACCGUGA